ACAAAAUCGCUUCUUUCAUUGAUAUUGGACUUAUAUGAAAAUGUCUCGAUCUAUACUUGUCCACACAUAACUCUUGUUUUUUACUCUUCGAUGAUAACAUAACAUGUCACUAAUAACCGACUUCUAUAAUUGCCACUUGACAAAGAUUGAUUAAUCUACACAUAACACACGUUUAGCAGCUUAAUCAAUCUUUGUAUAGUUUCUAAAUUCAACAUUUUCUAUCAUAUGGUGUUAACUACUCAAGAGAGUUUUGCAAGCUGCAAUGAAGAAGAGUUCGGGUUCAUCUCAGAAGCUAGGUUCUUUUCUAAGUCCAAGGGAAUCAAACUACAGAGAGAGAAACAUUGAGACUCAAAAGAGUUGGAAUUCAGAGAGAGUUUUCUUGCAACCAACAACAAGCAGUGGCGGCAGAAAACAAGGCUUUGUGGCUGGUUUUUCACCUUUCAACAGUGGAAGAACAGUACCUUCUAAAUGGGAUGAUGCAGAGAGAUGGAUUUGUAGUCCAGUUUCAGCAUCAGGUUCAGGCUAUGUGCAUCAUCAGAGAGGAACCAAAUCAAAAAGUGGUCCUAUUUUGCCUCAAGGAACUGCCUAUUACUCGAACUAUUCGCCUACGAUUCCACUGCGGAAUGGUUUGGUGGUGAAAAACUUGAUGAUGAAUUCUCCUUUUACAACUGGAGUGUUGGCACCAGAUGUUGUUUCUGUUCAUUAUUAUGGACAUGACAAUUCCUAUGGUCCGCGUUAUGAUGUUGAAGAUAGUAGUUCAGUGGUUAAUGAGAAUGGUGUUGAUGUUUCGUCUGGGAUGAACGCGCCUUCGUGGUCAGAACUGCUUUCUGACCCGUCAUCGCCUAAUUCUCAUGAUGAGAAAUGUGAUGGAACUAAGAAUGAUGGAACUAUGAUGUCUCCUAUGUCAAAAAUCGAUAGAGGGACCCAAAUGAGCUCUUCAGAGACUGAAAAUGAGGACCAUUCAUCUCGGAAAUCGUCUUCCCCGAUUUUGGUCAUGGAUCAAAAACGUUGUGACUCAGAAAAGUUAGAGAUCAGAGAUGUUCAGGUAGACUGUCAGGCUAAUGUUAUUAAGGGGUCUAAGAGAUAUGCAUCGAAGCUAAGCGCUACAGAAAGCAAAGUUUCAGGUUUGGAUAUUGCAGAGUCAAGUUCGGACACUUCCAGUUCCAAGUUUGAGAGAGAUGAAGCCAAAAUCAUUGCAUGGGAGAGCUUGCAGAAAGCAAAGGCUGAAGCUGCAAUACAAAAACUUGAGAUGAAAUUGGAAAAGAAGAAAUCUUCAUCAAUGGAUAGGAUUCUAAACAAGCUGAGAAGGGCUCAGAUGAAAGCUGAAAAAAUGAGAAGCUUAACUACGGAACAACAGGAGCAUCAUGUUUCCAAGACUCGGAAAGUAUUUUCAUCAGCAAAAUAUGGCAAAAUAUGGUUUCCAAACAGCUGCUUCACCAGCCAAGCUCUGUGAUCAAUGCCAUAUACGCACCCCAUGUUCAUUGUAGUUUUUUAUAGCUUUUUUCAGGAAAACCCGUUAGAAAUAUCAUAUUUCAAUUCACGUAUUAUAGCCUUUUUGCACAAUACAUAUAUCAAUAAAUAGUCAACUUCAUUUUCUUAA